AGCGAGGACGGCGGGAGUGUGGGAGAGGAGAUCGGGGGAGGCCGGCGGCGGGUGUUUGCGGGCUAACGACAGGCGGAGCGGAGGGAUUGUUUUAUUCGGGAACUUAAUAAUAAUAAAAAUACUCCUGCAAGAGAAGAGGAUCGUUUAACGGAGAAGGAGAAGGAGAGGAUUGUUGCCGAGGAGGGGGAGAAGCAAGCGUCGCUCCGAUGCUGCCCGACCUGCUGAUUAUCCCCAGCAUUUACUAUUUACCUUCUUGAAUAGUUAACAACCAAACGAAGUAUACUUUGUGUUGUCGACCGUUCCUCCUGAUCUGAUUCCCAAGAACAUAUACACUUGCAACUCGAGAGCUGAGCAGGUUGUAACAACUGCAGGAAUGACUGUCCACAGAGUUGCGGUUCCUGUUUUUGGAACAUACAUACUACUGAUUCUGCAGAUUCAAGGUCAAAAUCCCGACAACAAUCUAAUGGGAACAGGCAUGAAGCCAAAUGGUGUUACAGUCGCACCUGAAGAUGCAGAGCCAAGACUUCAUUGUUAUUGUUCUGGUCACUGUGCAACUGAGGGAGGCAACAAUACCUGCAAAACGAAUGGUAAUUGUUUUGCCAUUAUUGAAGAAGAUGAAAAUGGGGAAACUACCCUUGGUUCUGGCUGCAUGAGACUAGAAGGAGCAGAUUUCCAGUGCAAGGAUGCAACAAAAGUGAGAAAACGGAGGACAAUUGAAUGCUGCAAGACGGACUUUUGUAACAAGGAUUUACAUCCAACUCUUACUCCAAUUACUACCCCAGAUGGACUAUUUGAUGGUGACGUCCACCGGUUAGGCCUGUUAAUCUCUCUGAUUGUCUGUAUCUUUGUGCUGAUCAUCAUCACAACUGUUUUCUACUUCAGGUACAAAGGACAGGCAGAUAGACGGCGUUACAACCGAGAUCUUGAACAGGAUGUAGCCUUUAUUCCUCCAGGCGAGUCACUGAAGGACCUAAUUGACCAGUCGCAGAGCUCGGGUAGUGGCUCUGGUCUCCCUCUGUUGGUGCAACGUACGAUUGCAAAGCAGAUUCAGAUGGUCCGCCUAGUGGGAAAAGGCCGCUAUGGUGAGGUGUGGAUGGGGAGAUGGCGCGGUGAAAAGGUGGCAGUGAAGGUGUUCCCUUCUGCAGAGGAAGCCAGCUGGUUCCGUGAGACUGAGAUCUACCAGACAGUGCUAAUGCGACAUGAAAGUAUUUUAGGAUUUAUUGCUGCGGACAUUGAAGGCAAAGGUUCUUCGACCUGGCUGUACCUGAUUACAGAUUACCAUGAGAAUGGCUCGCUGUAUGACUACCUGAAGUGCACAGUGCUCGAUACCAAAGCCCUACUGAAGUUGGCUUACUCUGCCGCUAGCGGUCUCUGUCACCUCCACACGGAAAUCUACGGCACACAAGGCAAGCCUGCCAUUGCACACCGUGACUUAAAGAGCAAAAACAUCCUGGUGAAAAAGAAUGGGACCUGCAGUAUUGCUGACCUCGGCCUAACCGUAAAGUUCAACAGUGACACAAAUGAGGUUGACAUCCCACUGAAUACCCGAGUGGGAACCAAACGAUACAUGGCACCCGAGGUGCUGGAUGAGAGCCUCAACAAGAACCAGUUCCAGGCUUAUCUGAUGGCAGAUAUAUACAGCUUUGGCCUCGUGAUUUGGGAAAUGUCACGUCGCUGUCUAACAGGAGGUAUUGUAGAGGAUUACCAGCUGCCAUAUUACGACAUGGUGCCAAACGACCCCUCUUACGAAGAUGUGAGGGAAGUGGUGUGUGUUAAAUGCCUCCGUCCAACAGUUUCUAACAGGUGGAACAGUGAUGAGUGUUUAAGAGCAGUCCUGAAGUUGAUGUCCGAAUGUUGGGCCCCUAAUCCAGCUUCUCGAUUGACAGCACUAAGAGUGAAGAAGACACUUGCCAAAAUGGUGGAAUCUCAAGACAUCAAGAUCUGAUCAAGCCACUCCAUAGCUGACAUUAUUGCUCCAGAGGGGCAGGGACAUGUGGUGUGUGAUCAGAGAGCUGGGCAUUUGUUUGCCCCCAAACCCUUCUUCGCACCGUACUAGAUAGGCUGCUAACGAGGAUCUAUUGAAUUCAGGAGUGUUUCAUGCAUGUCGCAAGUGUGAGAAGAAAGGACUUCCUUGCCAUCCUUCAGAUCGGACAGCAAAAUGUUGUAAAGAUAUCAGACUCCAAAUCGAUGCUGUUGAAGCAUCUUAAACUUCCUUGGAUUUCUACGCAUCGCUGACUAUUUUUGUGCUCUGUAACGCAGAGUGGAAUGUUGAUCGCUGGCCCUUUGUGAACUCCCUAACUGUGGUGUCGCACAGCCAGGAGAUGGUGCUUUCUGUGAAAGCCUCUAUCCGAAUAACUUUGCAAAACUGUUGCUGAGAUUUUAAAUAGUUGCUUUUCCUCUACCUGUAAAUGGGGUCUGCCUGGUUCUCUCAGGGCCCUAAGGCCAUAAUAGAUAUUCCCCCGUUUCUAGUCCAAAGACUUGUUGAAUUAGGUUGUCGUUUGCAAGAACUUUGAGAAUGCUCACUUCACAGAGCAAGCUUCUGCAGGUGCCAGGCACGAAAUGCAAUGGUGAGCUUUUCUCCCUUUAUCCAGCUUGCGGUGUCUGCAGCUCGCUCCACUGCCCAGAGUACACAUGAUCGGCUACAGACUCAGUGUUUAUUGAUUCCACAAAACACAUGUUUUUUCUUUUUAACUCUAGCUCCUUUUUUCCAUAAACAUUCACUUAUCUUCUCCUGCAUAACAUAGUAAGAGCCUUGAAUUGGUUAUUUCUGUUAGCUGUCCAAAUUCUUGCAAAACUUGGAUCAACCUUGUAAUGGAUAGAAAGGUAUGUUUUAUGUUGGAAAUAGAUAGCCAUUCUCUCAGUUUUGUUCAUUGUAUUCUCCCAGAAUAUUAGAUAAUGAUUGUGUACCCUUGGUUAAAACAUCAUAUCUUAGUUUGUUCUCAUUAUUUGUACCUGAAAGCAUAGAUUGACAGAGGAUCACCAUUUUAGACUACAGAGUACUUGUCUCUUGCAAAGUCAGGCAUCACUACGAUUCUGCUACUACUCUAUCACUGGUAGAAUAAGGGUGAAUUGCGGUUGUGAUAAUCUACUCAAAUUGGUAGCUCUUCUCUUAUAACAAUUCUUAUUCUUACAUAGGUGUAGCAGGCACAAGUGAAAUUCUGCAUCUUUUCAAUGACAUUCAGCAGAGGCAAUAGGUACUGCCACCAUUUUCUAAAGUUGUGCCAGUCUAAGUUCAGUUUCAAAAAGUGAUCGCAGCAAGUGGCAUUGCAUGUAUUUAUUUUUAUGAGGAUAAAUUAUCACUGCUAAGAACUCAGAACAAUCUUACUAUGUCCCAUAAUCUGCAAACGUACUCACUUCCCCAUUUUAAAGGCUUGGUUUUACAUUGACCUCAUUCCACUGUUGGAAGGAGAGUUCCCAGAGAAAACACUCAAAGCAGUGAAGUGUUGGUUUAUUUAAAAUAAUGUAUUGUCAAUUCAUUUGAGUAAUUCCAAAGCAUAUUUGUGUAUUGAUAAAUUUAGUAAUUGUAUUAAUAGUGGCUGUCUAUUGUACCAGAUUCUUGGAUGCCUCCGUCUUGUAAAUGUAUGUAACAUAAUGUUUAUAUUUUGUGUAGUACGGCUGAUGAUAGCUUGCAAGCUUUUCAUGUAAAUCUGAUAGCCAAAGUAGGGCUUGAAGCUUUUUUUUUCUCUGGCAAGAGGGAUGUUGAAGAUACAGUGCGAUCCAUUCAUAUAAACAGGAUUGAUUUUGUUACACACUAUGCAGAGUUAUACAUCUGCAUUCCUUGGUUCUCAUGUUUGCCUUGAAUUUGAAAGAUAUGGUAUCAUGUUGAAUGUUUCUUAGACAAUUGUGAUCUCCUGCCCAUCUAUAAUAAUGUUAUAUGCUCAGCCCCCAGCUUCUGAUGCCUUGCAUCAGAGGUGAUUCAUUCGUGCCCAAGAGCAGGAAAGGCCCAUGUUGUUAUCAGCACUUUUUUUUUUGCAUUUGAGACUUGCCAAUGCAUUCCUUUUUGGGAACAUGAAUUGAAAUAUUUUUUAUCAUUUUUAAUGCUGCAGGAAUUCACAUCGACUGCUGAGACGUUUUAAACUUUCGAGAAGAAUGAAUGAUUGGAAUUUUUUUUUAAAGUGAAUAACACUGCCUGGCCCAGUCAACACUGUGCUAUCCGAAUCAUCUGUUAUUUUACAACAGAUAAUAAUGCUUUUCAUUAAUUCCAUUUCUUGAAACAUUAUCUCAUUGAGGUGCAUCCAGUCCAUCAAAUACUGGAGAUAAUUAGCCAACAGUAUUUUUUUUGUAAUGGAAAUUUAACAAGGCCAAGAAAACCUGGAAGAUAGGGUGGGAUCUGAAACUUCUGUCUAUUCCUGUUAGAUACUCCUGUCUUUCAAACAAAGUCAUGUGAAUCAGGUUGUUUUAAAGAAAGUGUUUUUAAUGAUUGUGCCUUUUUAUGUUGUUAAAUCAGCCUGCCUUUAUUUUUAUUUAAAGAAAAGGAAGGGAGACUUGCCAGUCCAGCAUGUCAUCCAAAAAAUGUCUUAUUGUAGCAUAGACAAAAUGACGAAUCAGAAUAUUUUGAAAUCAUUUAGUCAGCAUAUUUGUACAUAGCAAAUGGACAGACAAGUAAGGAUUAAAGCAAUGAUAGUACUCUAAACAAAAUGGUCACAUUAAACUAAGCGUAAAGAUUUAUAAACCUAUUUUGUACAGCAUCUGGUAAAAGGUGCCUUAUUAUGUUUCCCACAGAUUACUUUGCAAGAGGUACAUCAUGUACACAGAUUAUGUCCUGUAUCUGAAUAUUAAGUAAAUAACAUUAUUUUAGUACAGAG